UGUGCAGCAAGCCCUCAAUAAUCGUAUUUAUUAUGUCGUUAGCCUUACUAACCGGCCAGCAGAAGUCUAAACAUGGGGGUAUGGUUCUGAGAAAGAGGGAUGGAAGUUCUCUCGAACGUGGAGCCCUCACCCGAAGUGUUGUCACACCAAGUCCUUCACACCCAAGAGGAUGUUUCGCUCUGAAGUCAUUAGCUCCAUAACUCUCCAUACUGGCUGGCCCACCUGGAACCGAGCGCGAGGAGGCCGCCUCGCCCACCCUCGUCAUAAUGGGCAAAUUCCAGCGGAUUAAAUCUAGUGGAUGUCUAACCUACAACACCACUGAAAUGUUACCUUCGUACCACUUCCUUCCCACAGUAGACCCUUCCCAUCUGACACUCUGGCGGGACAAAGCAGGGAUGCAGAAAAGAGGCGAGAAGCGGGUGGGGCGGUUCCACCGUAGCCCUGAGCCUGGGGAAGUUUGUCAAGGACCCAGAACGGGCACCGCCCACCUGAGCCCUAGGGGCGGGGCCUCUCCGGGGGCGGGGCCACGGCCGAGGGCGGGGCACGGAGGCAACAUGCUAAACCGGGUGCGCUCGGCCGUGGCGCACCUGGUGAGCUCGGGUGGCACUUCUUCCCAGCGCUCCAAGUCCCCAGAUCUGCGCAACUCUACCUCAGCGCCUCUCGCCGCCCAAGAAACGCCUAAGAGCUCCCGGGCGAAGCCUGGGAACGAGGUCGGCGCGCCGCAGAAGACCGCGGAGACUACUGUGAGCUUCUCUAGACCCACCUUUCUGCAGCUGAGCCCCGGGGGGCUGCGACGCGCCGACGACCAUGCAGGUCGGGCUGUGCAAAGCCCCCCAGACACCGGUCGCCGCCUGCCCUGGAGCACAGGCUAUGCCGAGGUCAUCAAUGCUGGCAAAAGCAGGCACAAUGAGGACCAGGCUUGCUGCGAGAUCGUGUAUGUGGAAAGCCGGAGGAGCAUUCCAGGAGUCGCCAGGGAGCCUAGCCAUAACCAGGGAUUCUGCUUUUACUACUGGGGCCUGUUUGAUGGGCAUGCUGGUGGAGGAGCCGCUGAAAUGGCCUCCCGGCUCCUGCAUCGCCACAUCCGGGAACAGUUAAAGGAUCUAGUAGAAAUACUUCAGGAUCCCUUGCCACCUCCUGUCUGUCUUCCAUCCUCUCCGGGAACCCCAGGAGUCUCUAGUCCUUCACAGUUGGUUAGCCCUCAGUCCUGGUCUCCACAGAAGGAAGUGACCCAUGACAGCCUGGUAGUAGGGGCCAUUGAGAACGCCUUCCAGCUCAUGGAUGAGCAGAUGGCUCGGGAGCGGCGUGGCCACCAAGUGGAAGGGGGCUGCUGUGCACUGGUGGUGGUGUACCUGCUAGGCAAGAUGUAUGUGGCUAAUGCAGGCGACAGCAGGGCCAUCAUUGUCCGGAAUGGUGAAAUCAUUCCAAUGUCCCGGGAGUUCACACCAGAGACGGAGCGCCAGCGUCUACAGCUGCUUGGCUUCCUGAAACCAGAACUGCUGGGCAGUGAGUUCACCCACCUUGAAUUUCCCCGAAGAGUUCAGCCCAAGGAACUAGGGCAGAGGAUGCUGUACAGGGACCAGAAUAUGACUGGCUGGGCCUACAAAAAGAUUGAGGUGGAGGACCUCAGGUUUCCUCUGGUCUGUGGGGAGGGCAAAAAGGCCCGGGUCAUGGCUACCAUUGGGGUUACUCGGGGUUUGGGAGAUCACAACCUUAAGGUCUGCAGCUCUACUCUGCCCAUCAAGCCUUUCCUCUCCUGCUUUCCUGAAGUACGAGUGUAUGAUCUGACACAGUAUGAGCACUGUCCAGAUGAUGUGCUGGUCCUGGGCACAGAUGGCUUGUGGGAUGUGACCAAUGAUUCUGAGGUAGCUGCCACUGUGGACAGGGUGCUGUCAUCCUAUGAGCCCAAUGAUCCCAGCAGGUAUACAGCUCUGGCCCAAGCUCUGGUCCUGGGGGCCCGGGGAAUCCCCCGGGACCGUGGCUGGCGUCUCCCAAACAACAAGCUGGGUUCCGGGGAUGACAUCUCGGUCUUCGUCAUCCCCCUGGGAGGGCCAGGCAGCAGUUACUCCUGAUGGGCUCAGCCCCAUCUCUCUCACUGCCACCCCAGCCUCUCCACUAUCACCUUUCUGCCUAAACACGGAAGUUGUGUCCCUGACUCUCGAGUGGCCAUUUGACAAAGGGAUGCCCACUAGAUCCAAAAUUACAGCAACUGGCAAAUAAACUGGAUGGAUAAA